AUGUCAGCAAAGAAUUUAACCGCCAGUUUCUUUAAAACGUUAAAUAGUUAUCUAUAUUUUUUUGGUGUGUCCAAUCUAUGGUUAGAGAAUAAGAAUCAUUCAAAAUUUAUUUCAUCCAUUAAUCGAAGGAUCAGCAGAGUUAUCACAAUAUGCUUGUAUAUCUUUGUUACUUCAGAGAUAAUAGGGUUUUUCACUCAACCAAAUCUGACGGAAAAACAAUCUUCAGAUAGAUUAUUAUUCGGACUAUCACAUCCCAUUUUAAUAAAUUAUUACACAAGCGUGGAAUAUCAUAAUGAGAAACUACAGAAGAUUAUCCACGCGUUAACUGUGGCUUUAAAAAAUGUUUAUAAUGAUAAAAAAGUUGAACGUCGCAUGAUUAGAAAAUCAAAGAUGUACUCAGCUGCGUAUUUGUUCAGUUUUAGUACCGCUUUAAUAUCUUACGGGGUUGAUGGUCUGAUGCAAGUGUUUAAGAAAGAUGGAACGUUCACUACAGUUAUCACCGCAUGGCCUGACGUGGAUGAUAGAAGUUCCUACGCCAACAUCGCAAGGAUAAUCAGUUACCUCCUCUGGUGGUUGUUCAUGACGCGAAUGUCAGCGAUAUACGUUCUGGUAAUCUGUUUAACAACCUGUCUAAGUCAUCAGUACAAGAAUUUGCAAAGCUACUUUUAUCAUCUCGUUGAAAUAUUUGAUGAAAAAGAUUUAAGUCAAGAGGAGAAGGAGAAAAAGUACGAAGAUUCAGUAAAGAUUGGGAUAAAAUUGCAUUCGGAUACGUUAUGGUGUACCAGAGAAAGUGAGACUGCUUGUGCAGUAGUUUUUAGUGGACAGAUAUUGGUCAACAUUUCUGUUCUUUGUCUUCUUAUGUUGCAGAUGGUGAACUCGGAGCGGACGUUAAUCAAUGCCCUGGCUACCAUCACCACUGGAGUUACAAUGCUCAUCAGUACUGGAUUCUUUAUGUGGAGUGCUGGUGACGUCACCGUUGAGGCAUCUCAUCUCAGUACGGCAAUGUAUAGUUCUGGCUGGGAGAACUGUCAGAAGGAUUGUUCUGUAAGAAUUAGACGUUUGUUAGUAAUUGCGAUGGCACAAAGUCAGCGACCAGUAACUCUGCGUAGUUUUGGAAUAAUAGAGCUGUCGUAUCAGUCCUAUGUGUCGAUUGUGAAAUCAUCAUAUUCAGUGUUUUCAAUAUUGUAUUAA